AUGGCCCUCCCACCCUUGACGAUUCGCAAUUUCACAGUCAACUCAAUUGAGUUGAAGCUCUUAGACCGCUUCGAAGCUCCUCGGUCAGUUGAGAAGGCUCCGGGAGGGUUCAAUAUCACAAGCCUCACUAGAUCAUUCAGUGGUCUUAUGGGCAAUUUGACAACUCUAUCUUCACCUCAACUAGCUUUAAAGUCCGAGAGCUUCAGUCAUCAAGAGGUCUCAAUCCCGAUUGGCGCAUUCGAGACGAAGACCACAGAUAUACAGCCAAAUCCGAACGAGAUCCUGCGAUUGACCUUUGAGACGGAAGGGCAAAGAUACAGAGUCGAUACGCCGACUCCAUCCAAACACUCAGCAGUUCUCGUGCCUCUCUCGCCCGACCCGCGCUUCGAAUUUACAGCUGUAUAUCUGCCAGCGUCCUCCUACCUAGCCAUCUACUCCUCUGCAAAGCUCGAAUCAUGGAUGAGCAGAUUCAGGAACGAAACUCCCCUAUCCGCUCUCAGUAUACCCGGCACGCACAACUCACCAACUCACCAUACUGCCCUUCCCUCAGUCCGCUGCCAAGCCGUCAGCAUCAAGGAGCAACUCAACAACGGGGUGCGGUUCCUGGAUAUCAGAGUGCAGCCUGAAAACCCCGAGGACCCGGAGAAGGAUGGGCUCAUUCUUGUCCACAGCGCAUUCCCAAUCGCACUCACAGGACACAAAUACUUCCGCGAUCUCGUCAACACCGUGCUGGCGUUCCUGGAUGCGAACCCCAGCGAGACAGUCAUCAUGUCCCUGAAGCGUGAAGGCGUAGGGAGAGCCACAGAUCAGCAACUCAGCAAGAUCCUCCACGACCACUACGCCACCGACUCCACGCGCUGGUUUACUGAGAACCGCAUCCCCGUGCUGGGCGAAGCCCGCGACAAGAUCGUUCUGAUGCGGCGGUUCGCCCUCGAUGAUUCGUUAAAGGGAGAGAACAAUGGCACCGGAUGGUGCAUAGACGCCGAGAGCUGGCCAGAUAACUGUGCAGAUGGGAUCUGUUCUAGCGGGGAGAUCCGCGUCCAGGAUUUCUACGAGGUGGCUGAGAGUGAGAAUAUCGAGAAGAAGAUCGCCUUCUCGACGGCGCAGCUGGAGCGGGCGGCGCAGGCGGUCUGCGUGCUUCCGGGAGAUAUGAAUGCUGCGACUGUGGAAGCUUCGAAGCAGCCCUUCUUUAUCAACUUUCUGAGCGCGUCCAACUUCUGGAGAACCAAUUGCUGGCCGGAGAAGAUCGCCUCGAAGGUAAACCCGAAGAUUGUUGACCAUUUGUGUCGGGUGCAUCAUGAAUCUGCGAAGAUAGGGGCCAAGGAUGGAGGGGAAGAGGGGAAAGGCAAAGGAGAUGGAGGCACUGGCAUCGUGGUUUGUGAUUGGGUUGGGCUUAAUGGCGAUUGGGACUUGGUAAGGUGUAUUGUGGGUAUGAAUGCUAUGCUGGAGUUCAAGGAGAAGAAGAUCAGCACUUGA